AUGUUAGACUUUACUUCCGGAACGAAGCAUCAACCCAAAUGCGACGUCACUCAUGGUGUCAUGGGACAUCUCGACCCGAAACAACCCCCUGUGAAGAGGAAGCCUUUCGCUUCAAUUUUGGCCCAGAGAUUCGUACAGAAGGUCGAACUCGUACUGCCCGAGGAGCUGUAUGAGAUUAUCAAGAAAGAUCUCUCGACGGACUUUGCCAAGCCGGUCUACAGUCGAGUUAUCCUUUCGCUCAGUGCUUUGCUAGAGGGAGAAUUCUUCAACGAGUACAUCAAGCGAGGCAACGUUCUGAUGCUAUCAGAGGGCAGAACCGAUGUGGAUAAUGUUUACUGUCUCAAAGAAGGCGUCUUGACUUUACAUUUGGAUAGGGAGAGCUACGAGCGAGCAGGUCUGGUGGGAAAGCCAGACGGUAUCAAAGGCAAGCGUGGAACAAAGCCUCGAUGGGUGGUCGAAAUAGAGCUUCGUUCGCCAUCGAUGUUACAUGGAAAAAAGGGUUUCGACAGGAUUGUCUACGCGUUCAAGAAUGUCCUCAAGAAACCAGUCACAUGGCUAUUUGUGGAUCUAGGAGAAAAGACAAUAACACCCAGCCCGAUAGAACCGCAUUUUCCAAUCAAGAAGACUGCCAUCCCCACAGCUCAAGAGAUGAAAGUCAACGUGCCUUCGCUCCUCCCACCGACAGACGUAGACAAGGCGUACGGGGCCGAUUUUGAGGACUAUGCUGUUGAAACUCAAGAAUGGCUCUCCCUAGUCCUCCUCGGCAGCCCAAGAAUAGAUCCUGACGAUAAGAUCGACUCCGCUCUCUCCAGAUAUGUUCUUCCAGGAGAUACUCUCACAGCAUGCAAGCUGCGAAAGUUCUUUGGGAAACGGCAAGCACUGUGCGAUUUUGAAGCUGCCUAA